UCUCUGUCUCACAGGGGAAAGAAAAUGACGUCCAGCCGCAGGCAUCAUCUGAAGAGUUUGAUGCUGCACAUCGCCGCCAACUGGCUCGAGCAGGAGAAGACAGACAUCGCAGCAGCGAAGGAGGCCUACUUGGCUGAGAACUGCCUACCUCCUGAUCUCAGCGGAGACCUGGCUGCCCUUACGGACGCCUGCAAGAAGCUUCACGCCGCCAUUGACAAGAUCGACGAGUCGAGAUACGACACCGAGAUCAAAGUGCAGAAAGCAGACAAAGAGAUUGAGGAUCUGAAGCUGAAGGUGAUCGAGCUGGCCGGUGUGAAGAAGCCCGCCCUGAAGAAAGUGCGCAUGUCUGCAGACGCCAUGCUGCAGGCUCUGCUGGGCUCCAAACACAAGGUGACCAUGGACCUGAGGGCCAACCUGAAGCAGGUCAAGAAGGAGGUGAAAGAGGAGCCUGCAGACGUUGGCGACUGGCGUAAAAACAUCGAGGACAAGGCCGACAGGAAGAAGAUGUUCGAGAGCUCCUAA